ACUUUAUGGUACAAGCGGUCCAAAUCAUUCGAAGCAUACAUAAGAAUUAGAUAAUCGUAAAAAAUUAUGUUAGGUAUAAAUAAAAUCCUCGUACACGAUAUUCUUUUAAGACUGUAUGAGUUGAGGAUUAUUUUUCUUGCGUUUAACCAUAUUAUUUAUGUCAUAAUAAUACACAUAUCGUUUAUUACUGAUCCAGUAUACAGUGUAGCGUUGACGCCAUUGAACAGAUCUACAAGUGUUUGUGCAUCAGAGAAGGUGUAAUAACAGGUUGUUUUGGACUUGCGAACGUAAAAAUUACAAAAUAUCGAAAACGUAUUAUUUUCAUCGUCUAGAAUAUUUUAUUAAGUCAUUUUUUGCUAUUCCUGUCUUCAAAAGUGCACUAGAAAUAAAUAACUUAUAUAUACAGAAUCAGUUAUAUAGAUUUGAGUUUUUGAGGCUCGGCUCAGCCUUUCUAUAGUGCAACAGGUUAAACAUGCGUCGUUGCUGGUAGAAUCCAAUCAGCUUACUUCCCGCCAUUUUCUGAUCCCAUUCUCGGGCAAGUAUUGACGCCUUGUUGUGAUUGUUUUUUCCUUGUUAUUGCACUCGUUCUGUGACACAAAGUGUGUAUUUUAAAUGGAUUUUUGAGUAGCAAAUGCAUUCACCUCGUUUGUGAAACGUGCAAAAGCAUUGGACACCGAUUCGAUGGUGAAAAGACGAAUUGACAUUUUACGUGUCAUCGAAGCAUACGUUUCGUGAAAAAAAAAGAACAAGAGACCGUCUAUUGCAACGAAUUUUUGGUUUAUUCUGACAAAAUGAACACACCAACGAGGAGAGAUUUUCUUCGAAGGCCAGAUGCAACUCGUCGAAGAUCUUCUAGACAAGCUCUGGCAGUGAUCCCUGUCAACAAUUCGGUGUCGCCUGGAGAGACCGUUUCUACUGAAGUCAAUGCAAUGGAUAACUUUUUAAACAGCCGGCAUGGCUCUGAUUCCUGGAGCCCUGCACCUAGCCCGGAUGAAUUAGUGAUACAGAAGCGUGGGCGUCGUCGUAAGACCAUAGUUUGGUCACCUGAUCUUGAUACAUGCAAACGAAAUAGUCUCUUCAAUUUAAGUUCCAGGGACCGUACUCCUGUGAAAAGUCCGACAAAAGGAACUAGCAUGGUACUGAGAAGCACACCCAGAAAAAGGCUUGUCCUGGGCAACCCAAACGAAUUGGAAUUUACAACACCAGAGAAGAAGAAAAAAUCACAGCUCCUGUCAGCUACUAAUAAUUCACAGACACAAUUUGCUGGAAACUUGGCUAGCGGUUUAAGAGGACUGAGUCGCGAUCAGUUAGUAAGCAUGAUAAUGGAUGUGGUUGUUGCACAAGAAGAAAGUGGUCUGCCAGAAGGAGAGAAGCUACAUAAUAUUCUCCUAAAGAAAAUGCCAGUAGCGGAUGUACAGCCACUAAUUGAUACCCUAAAUAAUUUGAAGCAAAAUAUUCAUCUCAGUUUGGUGUCAUCCAAAUUCGAGGAUUCUUCAAAUAAUUAUAUGCAUAUUCAUUUAGAUGUGUUUCAGAAAGCUAUUAUAGAUCAGGGAAAAAGACUGGUCGAGUCUCAGCACUGGACAUCUGUGAUACAAUACGUACAUGCAGCAUGGAAUGUUACAAAGCAAAUAUCGAAAUGUGAGAAUCAAAACGUUUGCGAUUUGACUCAUAAAUGUUUUAAAUAUUUGACGCACUUUUACCAUCAAGCCUUGAAGAGAGGAAAUUUCGCUGAAACCGCAUUGGAUAUGUUUACCGACAGACUUGAUGCGAUGGUCGCCGAUUGCGAGGAUAUAAAGAGUUGUCUGCAGUUAAUAAGCGAGGCGAAAAACAAUGAAACUUAAGCAUUUUCUUUUGAAAAAACAGGAAAAACAAACGAUACUUGAGUAUUCUUUUAUAUCGUUACUAUUAAGGACACAUGAGGCCAUACGUAUUACAAGUCUUAACACAGUUAUAUACAUAUAUAUUUGUAAUAUAUACAUAUUUUAAUUUUGAUACACGCCAUGCGGAGACCCAUGAUUUUAACAGUCUUCACUGUUAAAUUAUUUUUUUUAAUUAAUAUUUUUUUACAACCGCUUUGUCAAAUACACUAAUGAUAUUUGUUUGGAAUGGUAUUAACGUAGACGUAAGAGUGAUUUAAACUUUUAUGCUUAGCCCUUUUUUAUAAUCUUGUGUACUGUUAAUUAACAUUAUCGGACAAAAAUGUGUCGCAUUGAAAGCAUGCUAUGUAAUCCCAGUAAAAUCUAAUUUAUUACGGACGCGCGUACUGUUAGUGCCUUAUUUUAUCGUUCCCGAUGGACGUGUUCUCUUUUGUAGUUUUUAAUGAUAUUUAUAAUGAGAUUUUAGCGUUUAUUUUAUAUACCUCGAUAGUAUUUUUUCUAAGAAGUAACCGGGACGACUACUUACCCUGAAUAUAUCGGCUGCCCGCCUGUAUUUUUUCACGACAAUAAACGGUGUUUUGUAAUGAUUUUGUUUCUAUUAAAAACAAUUUAUUCGUCAUAAUA